AGGAAGUCCUCUCGUUCAUAGGAAGUCUAGAGAUGAUUUUUUCACCCUUUGAUAAAUGAUCAUUUGGUGUAUUAUGUCCUCCUGCAGGUAAAAGGACACAGAAGAGAAGAUGGACUGGGGAACUCUGCAGGCUGUUUUAGGAGGUGUAAAUAAACACUCUACUAGCAUUGGAAAGAUCUGGCUCACAGUCCUGUUCAUCUUCCGUAUCAUGAUCCUGGUUGUGGCUGCAGAGAGAGUCUGGGGAGAUGAACAACAAGAUUUUGUCUGUAACACGCUUCAGCCUGGGUGCAGAAAUGUUUGCUAUGAUCACUUUUUCCCCAUCUCUCACAUCAGACUCUGGGCCCUGCAGCUGAUCUUUGUUUCCACACCUGCACUGCUGGUGGCCAUGCAUGUAGCUUACACCAGACAUGAGAAGAAAAGACGAUUCAGGAAUGGUGAGAAAAUAAAUAUUGAAGAGCUCAAAAAUGAAAAGAUUCACAUUCGGGGGCCCCUGUGGUGGACAUACACCAGCAGCAUCUUCUUCAGGAUUGUCUUCGAAGCAGUCUUCAUGUAUGUGUUCUAUUACAUGUAUGACGGGUACCAGAUGCCUCGCCUAGUGAAGUGCAAUGCCUGGCCCUGCCCCAACACAGUGGAUUGUUUUGUUUCUCGGCCCACUGAGAAAACCACAUUUACCAUUUUCAUGCUUGCUGUGUCUGGGAUCUGCAUGAUGUUGAAUCUGGCUGAAUUGUGUUACCUAGUGAUAAAAAUCUGCAUGAAAGAACCCAGGAAAACAACAGUUUUAAAAUAAUUCCACGGUUCCAGGAUUUUCUAGCUCCCCAUUUCCCUCAAGCUUUCUUAGGUGUCAGAAAGCAAUAAGCAAUCUUUUUACACUCAAGGAAAAAGAUAAAAAUAAACAAUAAUUCUUGUUUUAAAAA